GAAGAAGAAGAAGAAGAAGAAGAUGAUGAUGAUGGUAUUAUUCUGGGUCGUAGAUACGGUUCUAAUGGGUGAUUAAUUGGAUGAUGAAACGAAGAACAAGAACAAGAACAACAAGGAUCGAAUUCUCGUGAUGGGUUUUGGUGAAGACAAUCUGAAUGGCGUUAUUUUGGCUUUGCUCUCAAGUGGGUUCAUAGGGGCAAGCUUUAUUAUCAAGAAAAAGGGGCUUAGAAGAGCAGCAGCAGCAUCUGGGGUCAGAGCUGGUGUUGGUGGCUAUACUUACCUCUUGGAGCCUCUAUGGUGGAUAGGCAUGAUUAUAAUGAUUGUUGGUGAGGCUGCCAACUUCAUUGCUUACGCAUUUGCCCCGGCAGUUCUCGUGACGCCUCUCGGUGCGUUAAGCAUAAUCGUCAGUGCCGUGUUGGCCCAUUUUAUCUUGAAGGAGAGGUUGCACAAGCUUGGAAUUUUGGGGUGUGUGAUGUGUAUAGCAGGCUCAGUCAUUAUAGUUGUUCAUGCUCCAAGUGAGCGUCCUAUUACUUCUGUCCAGGAAAUAUGGAAUAUGGCAACACAGCCAGCCUUCUUGCUAUAUAUGGGCUCUGUGAUUGUAUUGGUUUUUAUUCUUGCCAUCUAUUUUUCCCCGCGAUGUGGCCAUACCAACGUGUUGGUGUUUACUGGAAUUUGUUCGCUCAUGGGUUCCCUCUCGGUGAUGAGUGUUAAAGCCCUUGGGACAUCAUUGAAAUUGACCUUUGAGGGGAAGAACCAAUUAAUCUACCCUGAGACGUGGUUUUUCAUGUUGGUGGUUGUAACUUGCGUCAUUAUUCAAAUGAAUUAUCUCAACAAGGCACUCGACACAUUCAACACUGCAAUCGUCUCACCGAUAUACUACGUUAUGUUUACAACACUGACAAUCCUUGCAAGUGUCAUAAUGUUCAAGGAUUGGGAUGGCCAAAGUGGAGGAACAAUCAUAUCUGAAAUAUGUGGCUUUGUUGUUGUGCUGUCUGGUACCAUCUUACUGCAACUAACCAAAGAUUUUGAAAGAAGCUCAUCCUUUAGAGGCAAUCAUUCCCCGGGUUCUCCUUCGUUAUCGACACGACUUUGCAGCGGAAAUGGCGAACUAGUGAAGUAUAGUGAUCAUGACGACGUGCCUUCGGACGAAAUAUGCUUGAGAAUACAAGAAUCAUACUAGUUCUUCUUCCAUCUGAUACGCAUGUCUCCUUAAAGCAACAUUAUGGAGUGCCAGUAAAUGAUCAAAAACCAGUCAGCUGGCUGUCGUGGCCCGAACGGGCGUUGAAGUUUUGUUGCUUAGUUUGAAACGUCAUAGAGAUAUCCAUAGGAAGCUUGUUCCACAUGACAGGGGUCCUUACAGAAGACACAUUUGUGUUUCAGACACAGGAAGCUAGAGUUUCCAAAAGGUGAAGGACCAACAUAGAAAUUGUUCCUUGUGUAGCUUCGUAUUUUGUGCUUUGCUGUCUUCUCUGCUUCGUAUGGGAUAUACAUUUGGCACAGAAAUUCAAUUCUUCUGUACAUAGGAAAUUCUUUUAAGUGCAUAAAUUAAGGGAUCCAAACUUCCAUUGGGAAGAGUAUUGUUCAAAAGAACUCUGAUGGGUUCAAUCAAUGUUUAUCCUGUCAAACCUUGGCAUGC